UUAUUCAAUUUCUGCCUUGUCGGAAACGGGAAGAUGUCAUCAAUGGACUGCACGCCGUGCAGCAGGGUUGGUGGCGAAGCUGUUUGCUUCGAACACUUUUGCGCUUUGGCGCCCCGAAAGUUGCCUCCAGCUACCCACUUCGGUGGGCCCAGGCUGUGGCAACAUAUAAAUGCCACACACACACACACGGUUCUUCCGCUUCAGCGCAUUUGGUGCCUCUUUGAGGUCUACCAAACAAUCAGCUUGCCACGAAGUGGUCAGUUUGAAGGCUUGCUGCUUUGCACAUCUACCGGCGUUUUGCAACAGGGAAAAGCAGGUGCCGAUGUGGCAGUCGCGGUUGCGAAAACAGUUGCAGAGCUUGACACUCGUACUGCUGAAGCAACAGCGGAAGAAGACCGGCUCAUGAUUCAUUCCCUCAUAGAGCAGAUGCCAGGUGGCUUUGACACGAUGAAUUCAUUCGUCCGUGACACUAUUUGCAAUGCUUUGGAAGCCUCUCAUCUUCAUUAUGAAAGUACACUGAAAGAUUUGAUGCAUACUUUGGCUUCGAACAGUUCCACAGCGCCAGCCCCUUUGCCAACACUUCUCACAAGCAGUGCUGCUUAUCGGCCCAACAAGGCAGAUACCAGCCCCGACAGAGUGUGUUCAAUUGAUCCCGUUUGACAAUUCAAUGGCCUCGUUACCUCGUUUGUAUGUCACUUGGAGUAGUUUUGAGAUGCCGUCAACAAUUUUGGCCAAGCACCUUUGCAAGCGCAUCAAAUGAAGGAUGUGAGGUGCUUUAAUAUCAGUGCAUCUUACUUGUACAGUGAAUUGGGCAUUCUUUCGAGCAGAUCGCAGAUCGUUUUUGUAUUUUGCGUGUUUCAGCCCUCAGAUGCAAAAUUGCUAACGUGGCAGACCUUGCUUUCAGCAAGAAAGUCCGCUUUCGUGUGAGUGGGGAUGAUUGAGGCUGUGACCACUAAUUGUGCAGGCACCAAAUGCACGCAAAGAUGGACAUGUAAAGGGCUCAAGCCUUGAUUUGUUUUUGGCAUUGUUUUAGCCAAGAUAAGCUAAAGACAUUUCAUCCAAGACCUUGAAAGCUGAUUCUUAGGCAAGCGGAAAGCAGUGCAUUUUGUUGAAGCAGACCAUGCUUGUAACAAACACAUUCAGCGCCGCCUUUCAUGCAAUUGAUACACACACACACACAUAUAUAUAGACAUACAUAUUGCUUUGGCCCUGGCUGGGGCAGUUGCACAUUAUUUGUUUAGCCCUGGUGUUUGGCGGAAGGCAAGCAGCUUCGGUUGGACGGGUGUACACGUGCGCAUCUUGCAAGACACUCUUCCCAGUGGCUUUGAGGGCUUAUGGUGCAGGGAAUUCAGGCGUCCCACCCAUUGGAGUGACGAAGGUGUUGUUUUCUUCAAAGAUCUUGGGAUGCCUCCCAGGCUUCUCAUGACAGUGUGUUUUGUAGAAUGCUAAUGCCUUUAGCACUCUCCACGAGGUUUGGCCAACAGCCUUCGAGUUCGUGUCAUGAAGAGGAUGACGAUGUCGCCCAGGCAAUGACAAUGUCGUGGAAUCGAUGACGAUGUUGCAAUAACGGUUCAGCACCCGACCCGUAACCACAAGGCCGUGUGAUGAUAAUAUUGUGAUAUAUCGAUGACAAUGUUGUGAUGAUGAUGGUUGUGAAGCCGAUGACAAUGUUGUGCAUCCGGUAACAAGGUUGCGCAAGCAAAUGCAUGAAAGCACCAAACAUUGCAAAACAGUGUGCAGAAUGCUUUGUCAAAACUGGCGCAAAACUAAAACCCUGCGACAUGCUCUACGAAAUGCAUGCGUGAGUGCGACAUUGGUUUGGACAUGUUUAAGAUGUCAUGCCUCACAGGUCAGAUCUUUAAAGAGCGACACUGCCUUUCUUUGGCCGGAAGGUCUUUUGCAACCCUCCGUGGCAAUGUUGAUUGUUGGAUUUAGCGGCUGGAACGGUUUUGGCAGAUUGCUCGGAGUUGACGUGCAACAUUGAACAAGAGGGUGGGCUGCGGAGGGCUUAGUUUGCAACAUAUUUAGAAUCUUUAGAGGUGCACAUUGUCCCUAUAUAUCGAUAUGCUAAUAUAAUAUAUAUAUAUGUUUGCCUCUGCGAUUUCGGUUGAGCAUUUUGAGUCUGGUGGCUUUGUCGCUUUUGGUUCCCCUUGUUUCCUUUGCUUGAAGUGCAACCUUAGCUUUUGAACACCGUGCCGCCGCAACGAAUAUUUUUGUCCUUGCAUUGCCACCAGAGGCAGGCCGACAGGAAACGAAGGCGGAAGCGAACGACAAAAAAGGGUCGUGCACUGCACACAUUGGUAGAAAGCUGUUGGUAGAAUACAUGGCGUGCUGCGAUGGAGAGUUUAGCGAGAAUACAUGGCGUGCUGCAAUCGAGGGUUAACACGAGAUCAAAGCUUGAGUUUGUUGCCUGGCUGGCACAGCACUUGGUGAACCUUGGUCUGCAGAAUACACAUGAAUGCAGCUAUGCGCAAGGUCGAGCAAAUACGCCAAAGGCAUGUUGAAAGUCAAAGGUGCUUCAAAGAGCCCUUGCAGUUGUUGCCAGCACUCCUGUAAGCCUUUCAUGCGCGUCUUACAGCAUAUGAGCAUCACAAAUAGCUUUGCUAGUUUAAGAGUGCUGUAAAGGCUUGAUAGAUAGGUAGGACAUUGGCACACUGAUGCUUGUUGCCCAAGUCACCAAGAGCCGGUGCCAUCUAUGGUGUCAGGGCAUUUUAAAAGCAAUGGGAGGUGGUGCAUCAGAUUUGCAAGGAAAGCUAAAGGAUUCAAGUGCUGAGGAGCUCAAGCGCACCUUCGAGGAUCUUAGCAUUGAAAAUCGCCAGUGGAUUGUGGCAGCAAUUGAGCAGGUCGAGGCCGCUCGGAGUAUGGAUCUGUCAGCAGUGGCAGGUGCAUACACGGCACAUGCUUCCGACGGAGACUGGGGAAGCUAUACGAUAUCAGUUCGCAUUGAUCCAGAUGGCAAUGGGAAGAUCUAUGAGUCAAACUGCGACUUCCGGGACAGUCCUGCGACCAAAACUGAGAGGAACGGGACAUUCAGCAUAGUCGGCGAUGUGGUUACUUUCAAUGCGCCACAGCGGACGAUCACCACUGAAGGGGCUGGUGGAACGUUCACUGAGACUAAAGAAGAAGUAGAGCGCCUUCGCUUCAGAGUCAAGGCGAACCAGCUUCUGCAGCUAAAGGGUGACACUGAUGAGGUGCUUGCAACUUCGUUCCGAUUGGAGCAUUUUGAUUGGUUCGAAGCAACAGGUUUGUGCGCCAGAGACUUGACUGCGCAUUCGGAAUUUCAGGUGGGCACAAUCUCUGGUGGUAUAGCCGGAGAUCCACAGCCAGCGGUUUUGAACAAAAGUUCUUAACCUGUGAGGCUGCCUCCAGAUUAUUAGAAUUCAUGAUGUGAUCUAUUUGCCAAAUCCUCGAUGGAAUCCGUACAUUGAAAUCGGUAGGUUUACUGGAAGGUAGACUCUUUGGUUCUUGUGUUUUGGCAGCCCCUACAAAUUUUGCGGAUGGUGUGGCCAAGAGUUCUGAUGAUUUGCUAAAGGAACCGCUUGAACCUUCUCGGCGACUUGAUGUAUCAUGGCGAAUGGCAUAUUUGCUCAAUCUGAAUGUAGGGUUCUGUGACAAGGCGGAGCCCAAUCUUGUUUCAAUAUUGUGAGGGGCUGCUGCAUCCCAAACAUGUCCAA